CUGUUUGUGUUUACCAAAAAAUGGAAUUGGAAAUGGAAACAUUAAACUGUGAUGGAAAAUAAUCUAACAAAAUAGGAAACUCCCAUAAAAUCUGUGUUAUCUUGUUUAAAGUGGUUUAAUCGACAUAGCAAAUAGUAAUUAACCAUGGCGGACGAUGAUGUUCCAUCUGACAGCAGUCUACUGGUAAUAAUAGUGGAUACAAACCCCAACCAGCGCUACAUCACUGAAGACCCGAAGGUGCUGACUGGAUGUCUUGAUGCCAUCAUUGCGUUUGCCAACUCACACUUAAUGCAGAAAUCUAGGAACCAAUUAGCGGUAAUUGGUUGUCAUUUUCAUAAAAGUGAAUACUUGUACCCAUCUCCCGGCAAGCCUUUGGAUGUACGACAAGUUGAUGGCCAGUAUGAACUCUUCACACUUGUAGAGAAAACUAUCAAAAUGAGAUUAGUAAACUUAAUAAAGAGUCAGCCACAAGAGGAGAGGCCCGGGGAGUCUUUACUGGCAGGUGCUUUGGCUAUGGCACUCUGUUUCAUUUCACGGAUGCGCAAGCAGGCGCCGCCCGGCCUGCGCCUGUGCAGUCGCAUCCUGGUGAUAACGGGCAGCUCGGACACAGCUGCACAGUACAUCAACUAUAUGAAUGUGUUCUUCACUGCACAGAAACAGCAAGUGUUACUGGAUGUUUGUUCGUUGGACAAGCAUUUGAGUCUAUUGCAGCAGGGUUGUGACAUCACAGGAGGUCUGUACCUGAAGGUACCUUCGCUGGAUGGACUGCUUCAAUACUUACUGUGGGUGUUCCUCCCGGAGGCUCGUGAGCGCAGGGAGCUGGUGUUGCCAGGGCGCGGGCGCGUAGACUACCGCGCCGCCUGCUUCUGCCACAGAGAGCUGCUUACUAUAGGCUACGUGUGCUCCGUGUGCCUGAGCGUGUUCUGCAAGUUCAGCCCAAUAUGUACGACUUGUCAUACCGUUUUCAAAAUCGCCGGACCGCUCGCGAUCAAGCCGAAAAAGAAGAAAAUGAAAAUUUAACUCGAACAUUGUAUAUAGUGGUGGUAAACAUGGUAAAAUAGAGUUAAUUUGUAAAAUUCUUACCAAACUAAAAAUAUUACAUACAAGUACUAUUUUGUGGCUACGAAAAGCCUAAUAAAGUGUGUCUAUAUUUGCAUGAAGCUCGCGUGGAGUACAAAAAACAAAUAAAAGUAAGUAUUUUUGAUUAUAGAAAACUACGAUUUUACUUUUAAUUUGAAGAUAUUAUAAUUUUUAUUAUUAUAUUAUUUAUAAGUGCAACACUAAUAUAGAUAAUAAUGACUUGACGUUUUCUGGUAACACUUACAUGUCAAAAAUGACAAAUGGCUUGAAGGUCGCCAUCUUGUAAUACCUCGAAAUCUUGAGAUUGUAUUUUUAGCUUGCGCUUAUUAUAGUAUUUAAUUCGAUGUAUUAAUUAAUUUCCCUGUAUUUUUUUUUAUUUUACGGCUCACUUUUAGGCUUUUAUGCAUUC